AUUGCCCCUGAAUGUACGCCUUCUGAGCGCGUGCGUGUAUAUGACAAAUACCUACGACAAAUUCGGUUGACAACUGAAUUUGUCACGUAAUUUGAUUUGUUAUGAUGUACAAAUCGUAGUUUUUACGUUUUUAUUUGUUAAUUAAUGAUUUUAAUGUAUUUUAGUUACAAGUUUUUUUUGUUUGGAUUAUCUUUGAACAAGUGAGUGACAAAUUUUAUAACUACGAGGCAGUAAUGGUAAGAGAAGUACAGUGCAUUAUAACCAAUCAUUUAUUUAGAAACUGUUAUGAAUUUCCAUUGUUCUUAAACAAAUUAUAGCACAAUUAUUAUGAUACUGAAUAUGUUCUAAACUUUCUAUAUGCAGCAAGUUAACGUGUGUAGUUUGCAUGUACGCAUAUGUGGAUAAAUCAGUUAGAUAAUUGUAACCUAAAGUAAAUGAUUGUUUAAUGAUUAUAAUUUUUUAUACAAACGGUAUUAUUAUUUCUUCAAACUAAAUGCGAAAGACAUAAUUAUGGUUAUAUGAGAUUGUUUGGUGACACACAUUUGUUUAUGUUCAAGUACAAGAAAUACAUAUACACAAUAUUUCAGAGUGAAAGAUGCCAGGAGAACCAUCUGCAACUGCUGGAAAUAAAAGUUCUGGAAAAAUCAAACGUAUUUCAAUUCCAAGAGUACAAAGCAGUACAGAUACAGAGUUACAGUCACAAAGCGGAUCUACUCCAUUGCAGCCAAAUGCACAGCAUUAUGCAGCUUUUCGAACAGAUCUUGAUGAUAGUGUAUUACCACCAGCUUUACGAUGUCGAUUGUUUGACUUGUUUCAGCAGAUAGAAAAAGAGUUUGAAGCUCUGUAUGCAGAAAAUUUAGGAUUACAAGAAAAAAUAGAUGCCCUUAAUGAGAGGCUUGACAGAGAAUGUUAUGGUUCUGGAGAACGAAGUUUACCUAUUGGAGAUGUUGCAGACUUUCCAGAUACGAAAAGUUUCUCCAAACAAAAAUCUAUGGCGGGGAAUUCAGCACCAAAGACAAAAACAACUUCUAAUAAGUUGAAAGCUCAAACCAGUAAAAUAGUUUCUAGCUUUAAAACGCCAACAAUGACCUGUAGUAUGCAGAGAGAAUAUUCUGGGCACCGAGAUGGUGUUUGGGAAGUUUCUGUUGGAAGAUCAGGUCAAAUCAUUGCUACAGCCUCUGCUGAUCACAGUGCUAGAGUCUGGGCUGUGGAUAGUGGACGUUGUCUUUUACAAUAUAUUGGUCAUUCUGGUUCUGUUAAUUCUGUGCGUUUUCAUCCAACAAAGGAAUUAGCACUCACAUCCAGUGGAGAUAAUUCCGCUCAUGUAUGGCAAGCUGCCGUUGAUUGGGAUUUUCCUAAGCGGCAGAAUUCAUCUGAAGAGCUUUCAGGAUUGAAUACUGACAGAAACCCUAGUAAUGUAAUUACUGUAAAUGAGGAACAAGAUGAACCUCCCACUCUAAGAACUCCAGUACGAGAAUUGUUAGGUCACACAGGUGUUGUAAUGGCCGCAGAUUGGUUACCUGAUGCAGAACAAAUUGUGACUGCUUCUUGGGAUAGAACCGCAAAUUUGUAUGAUGUAGAAACUGGAGAGAUUAUUCAUACAUUAUGCGGGCAUGAUCAAGAACUUUCUCAUGUUUCGACUCAUCAUACUCAAAGACUUUGUGUUACUUCAAGCAAAGAUAGCACUUUCCGCUUGUGGGAUUUCAGAGAACCUGUUCACUCGGUUUCUGUUUUCCAAGCACACACUGAGACGGUAACUUCAGCUGUUUUCACGCGUGAAGAUAAAAUCGUUUCAGGAUCAGAUGAUCGAAGUGUAAAGAUAUGGGAAUUGCGAAAUAUACGAAGUCCUUUAGCUACAAUUAGAGGUGACAGCGCUGCUAAUAGAUUAUCAGUAUCAAGUACUGGCAUUGUUGCAAUUCCACAUGAUAAUAGACAAAUUAGAUUGUUCGACCUUAGCGGUCAGCGAUUAGCUAGAUUGCCUAGAACAAGUAGACAGGGUCACAGAAGAAUGGUCUCUUCAGUAGCUUGGGCAGAAGAUAGUGGGGUCUGUAACUUGUUUUCUUCAGGUUUUGAUAGAUUAGUCCUUGGAUGGAGUAUUGUACCUCUUAAAGAAUGUUAAAUAUAUAUUACAAAUAUAAUGUAUUUAUUUAGUUUAACUUAAUGUUAUUUCACUAUAAAUAAGAUUAUAAAACCAAACUGAAUUGAAAAUAAAUAAUUAAACUAAUUUUAAGGCUUCAAGUGUUGCAGUGAAAAAGAUA